AUGCUAGCUCAUCUGAGUGAAUAUUCCCUAGCAAUAAAAUAUUUUCAACGUCUCUUACGUGUUUUACCUAUUGAACAUGAAGAUCGACCCGAUAUACAUUACCAAUUGGCUCGUAUGUAUCGUUUUUUGGGUAAACAUCAACAAGCUAUUUAUUAUUUCCGAUGUGCUAAACUAUUACAACGACGUGGUUUGUCUUACAAUAAUUAUGAAUAUGGUAUGACAUUAGCUGGUCUUGGUACUGUUUAUAUGGAAUUGAACGAUUCAAAACGAGCAGUAUGUGUAUUAGAACAAGCUAGUAUUUGUUAUAAUCUUGCUUCACAAAAGUAUAAUACUGAAACAAUGUUUCAUUUUAAUCGACUUAGUUAUGCUUACUAUCUUGAACAACAAUAUGAACGAGCAUUACAAAUGCUCAAUAAAACAUUGAUCAUUUACAAGCAGAAAAUGCUAGUUGAUCAUCCUGGUCACGCUCAGACUUAUCACAAUCUGGGUUUGGUACAUCGUGCAAUGGGUAAUAAUGAUGAGGCACUCGCUUCGUAUCAAGACGCUCUCAGAAUGCGAGAGGCUCUACUUGCAACAAAUCAUCCCUAUGUGGCCCGUACAUGUUUUCAGAUCGGCUUACUUUUUGAAGACCGCAAAGAUUAUAAUGCAGCGCUUGAAUAUGCUAAGAAAGCAUUCAGCAUUCAAUAA